AUGGCAAAGAAUGAUGAAAAGACAAGCAUCACACGACUGGCAAUUGUCAAUCCCGAGUUGUGCAAACCUUCGCAGUGUGCCUCUGAAUGCAAGAAGGCAUGUCCUGUAAAUAAAACAGGGCGAGAGUGUAUAAGGAUAACACGAAAGUCUGAAAUAUCUGAAAUCCUGUGCAUUGGAUGCUCGGCAUGCCAGAAAAAGUGUCCUUUCAAAGCAAUCACAAUAAUAAAUCUACCCACAAGCCUGGAUAAAGAGAUAUCGCAUAGAUACGGAGAAAAUGGUUUUAAAGUGCACAGGCUCCCGAUCCCAAAGCCAGGCAAAGUUCUUGGACUUGUUGGAACAAACGGAAUUGGAAAGAGUAGCGCAUUGAAGAUCCUCUCUGGCGACAUAAAGCCGAACCUUGGAGAUUACAAGAACGAGCCUUCAUGGGAGCGCAUUCUUAACCAUUACAAAGGUUCUGAGCUACAAGGAUACUUUAACAAGGUAAUCGAUGGCCAGCUGAAAAUAACAUCAAAAAUCCAAUACAUAGACAGACUUCCAAAGCUAUUGAAAAAGAAGUUUGGAGUAGAAAUUAAAAGCAAAUUGGAAAAGCUUGCAAUAAAUAAUGAUGCAAGAAACAAGGAUGCACUUGGAGAUGCAAAGAAUGAGCCGGAUAAACUUGAAAACAAACUACUUGUUAUUGAUGUUAUAAAUGAUAUGGAUCAAAGAGGCAAAAAAGAGUACUAUAUCGAUGCAAUGUGUCUUCAGAACAUCCUCAACAGAGAUGUUGAAGAAUUGAGUGGAGGAGAACUGCAAAGAUUUUCUUUGGCUCUGGCAUUCAUGCAAGAAAGCGAUGUUUACAUAUUUGAUGAGCCAUCCAGCUAUCUUGAUGUUAAACAGAGAUUGUCAGCAGCAAAAGAGAUUAGAGAACUUUGCCAGGACAACAAGUAUGUAAUUGUUGUUGAGCACGACCUGGCGAUCCUAGACUUGAUGAGUGACUUUGGAUGUGUACUUUAUGGACAACCAGGAGCAUAUGGUGUGAUUACAACGCCAUACUCAAUCAAAUCUGCAAUCAACAUCUUCCUGGACGGAUACAUCCCAACAGAAAAUAUGAAGUUCAGGUCUUCAGAGCUCAAGUUCGACAUUUCUGAACGACCCACGGAUUCAUCAGACAGGAAGAACCAGUAUUUCUAUAAAGCAAUGAAAAAGACAUAUGGCGAGUUUUCACUCAAUGUCAGUGCUGGAGCAUUCAAUGACUCUGAAAUAAUUGUGUUUCUAGGCGAAAAUGGCAUGGGAAAAAGCACUUUAGUGGGGUUAAUAGCAGGGAUUAUAAAGCCAAACAACGAUGAGGAGUUUUCAAAGCUCAGCUGCAGCCUUAAGCCACAGAAAAUCCUUCCGAAAUUCAAAGGAACCGUUAGAGAGUUGUUAUCUUCAAAGAUCAGGUCCUCGUUCAUCAAUCCAUCGUUCAUGAAUGACAUCCUCAAGCCGCUGUGUAUUGAAUACACCUACGAUCAGCAAGUGCAGAACCUUAGCGGAGGAGAACUACAGAGAAUCGCAAUUGCAAUGUGCCUUGGAAAGGAAGCAAACAUAUACCUGAUUGACGAGCCUUCUGCAUUCCUGGAUUCUGAUCAGCGAAUAGCAAUAUCAAAGGUUAUAAAGCGGUUUAUAUAUUCAAACAAUAAGAUUGCAUUUGUUGUUGAACAUGACCUGAUAGUUGGGACGUAUCUUGCAGACAAGGUAAUAGUGUUUCAAGGCGAACCUGGAAUAUCCAGCACUGCAACACCUCCCAUGGAUAUUUUAAACGGAAUGAACACAUUUCUUAAGAGUCUGGAUGUUACAUUCCGAAGAGACCCGGCAAAUCUUAGGCCAAGAAUCAACAAGCCAGGAUCUGCAAAGGACAGAACACAGAAGGAAAACAACCAAUAUUUCUUCUCCUGA